AUGGCGGAGGAAAAGUCUACGGCAGUCCCAGACUCCAGCACCAGCGAAUCCGACGCCGAGAUUGCCGUUAAUUCCGUGGAUGAAAAGAAACUCCUGCGAAAACUCGAUUGGAAACUUCUGCCUGCAGUCUCAAUCCUCUAUCUCCUCUCGUUUCUCGACCGCAGCAAUGUCGCCAACGCACGCAUCGAGGGCCUCACAACCGACCUGCACAUGACGGGGAACCAAUACCUCACGGGCCUGACUCUCUACUUCAUCGGCUACGUCUUGUUCGAGAUACCAUGCAACAUUGUGCUCAAGCGAACGACGCCGAAAUUCUGGCUACCCACCCUGACGAUUGCAUGGGGUAUUGUCGCGACGCUGAUGGGCGUAACGCAGAAUCUCGCUGGCUUCUUCGUGGUGCGGUUUUUUCUUGGACUCACAGAGUCCGGCCUCUUCCCAGGCGUCGUGUACUAUCUGAGUAUGUGGUACAAGCGCAAUGAGCGACAAUACCGCAUCUCGCUCUUCUUCAGCUGUGCCUCUCUCGCGGGAGCUUUUGGCGGCAUACUCGCCUGGGGCAUCGCCCACAUGCACAACGUCGGAGGCUACGCCGGUUGGCGCUGGAUCUUUAUUCUCGAAGGGCUCGCCACAGUCCUCAUCGGGACCGCCGCCUACGCCUUCAUCCCCAACUACCCCAACAGCGCGCCGUGGCUCACGCCCUCUGAACGCAGCGUGAUCCACACGCGACUGAAAAGCGACAGCGACGCCACCAACGACGAGGCGUUUUCAUGGUCUGAAGUCGGGCUCGCGGUGCAAGAUGUCAAAGUGUGGCUUUAUGCCUUUGCAUUUCAUACCAUGAGUUUGCCGCUGUAUACGCUGUCUUUGUUUCUGCCAACCAUAAUCCGCGACAUGGGCUACACAUCUGCGCAAUCGCAACUUCUCACGAUCCCGCCGUACGCCGCGGCCACGCUUCUAACGCUCAUGAUUGCGAUUCUGUCGUCGCGCGCGCGGCUCCGCGCGCCCUUCAUCCUGGGCACGACGUCGCUCGCGAUAACCGGCUAUGUCAUCCUGCUCGCGAACACGGCGCCGAGAACGCGUCCGGGCUUGUCGUACGCGGGCACCGUGUUGGCGGCAGUGGGGAUUUAUCCGUCCGUGGCGCUCGUGCUGUGCUGGCCGGCGGUCAAUGUGAGUGCGCAGACGAAGCGCGCGACGGCGAAUGCGCUGCAGAUUAGCAUUGGGAAUCUGGGCGCCGUCAUGGGAACGCAGUUGUAUCGCGCGGGCGACGGGCCGCGGUACAUCGUGGGGCAUUCGGUUGCGCUGGGGUAUUUGGCUGCGAAUCUCGGGGUCGUGAGCGUGCUGUGGGUGGUGCUUUUGAGGGAGAAUGCGCAGAAAGAAAGGGUGUUGGCGGAUGAGGCACGACGACAUGGUCAUGGGGACGACGAAGAUUCGCUGGCGCUGGGAGAUGGGGAUCCGAGAUGGAAGUUCCAGAUAUGA